UUCAUGGAAACAUUCCAUUCCUUCUACCCUUUCUACAACAAUUUGAUCAUGAAUCCAAGUUUCACCGCGUCAAUUGAAAACUGGCCGUUGUUCAAGAUGCUAGCAUACAGCUACCAAUGCAGACUACGUUCCAUACAACUGCUUGCUAGGAGUGUUUUACCAAUUUGUCGCCCUAUCACACAGGAUCAUGCUUUGAAAUCUAAUAAACUUGGAACGGCACCAGCUGUUCAGAGAACCGGACUGUUACCAUCAUAUCACUGGACAUUUGAACGUAUUCUAGCUGCAAGCAUGUUGCCAUUAUAUCCGAUUGCACUCUAUAUGGAUACCCCUAUGAUGAAUCUUAUAGUAGUAACUGCUGUUUCCAUGCAUUCGUACUGGGGAUUUGACGGUGUCAUCAAAGACUAUGCAUUUGAACGUCGUUAUGGUCCUGCACUGAUGCCUAUAUUACGUACAUUGUGGAAAGUAAUGGCUGGUUUCGGUUUUGCUGGCCUUUUAUAUUUCAAUUUUAAUGAUAUAGGAUUUAUUUCAGCCGUGAAGAAACUAUGGGCCUUGUGAAAAUAUUUUUGGUUCUUUUACUUUAACUUCUCUUUCUGAUAUUUUUAAGACUAUUUAGAUUAUUUGGGUAAUAACAUAAAAUCAACUACUUUUAUGUAUUAGCAUGUUAUACUUUAAUACCCAAAUCUAACAUGGGACUAAUUUCUAAUAAAUGUGUCUAAUUGUAUGAAAUUUUCGUUUUUUAAGCGUAGUAAGACUAUCAAGUGGUUAUUCUGGUACGUCAGUCCUGCAUAGUAACUCAACCACACCAUACUUUUGACUUUAUGAUGAGCAUCUUUAAAGAUAUAUUAAGAAACUAAAGUCACUGCACUAAGAAAAGUAUUUUUAUGAUGACAACCCUGUUGAUGCAUCUUGGCAAAAACAACCAGAAAAGAAAUCUUAUUUCAUCCCUUAGUGCCUCUGUAGAAUUCAGCAUCCUAUGAUGUAAGUUACUCGUAAAGACAUAGGUAGUCAUGCUCAUUUUUUCUGUGAAUUUAUUCAUUUAUAAAGCGUUUCUUUCGAUAUACGAAUCAUUUGACAAACUGAAUGAGAUUUGUGAGGCACAUAUUUAUCUGGUGCUUCCUCGUACCAAUAUUUGUGUUUAAAUAGAUAAAUGAUGUAGUUCAAAACCGAGUCUAAAAACUUGUAUUUGAUUGUUUACUUUGAUAUUAAAUGGGUUUAGAUUAGGAUUUUUCCCGUGUGUAUUAUACUGUCUUUACCGUUUUAUAGAAUACUAUAAUUUUGCUUUUAUUGGAUUGCUUUUUAAUUAAUGUAAAGUAGUUUUCUUACGUCACAUAACUUCUGUUCAAAGUCAUGACUUUAGGACCUUUACCUAGUCACAAAUCGUAUUUUUCUAAAAUUCUACCAACAAAGCAUCCUGGAUAUUUAUUUUAAGGAGUAUCAUUAAAAUUUUUAAAAUCCUUUUUAUUCUUAAACUUCAUAUUCUUUUUAAAAGGCUGAAGAUAACAGAAACAGUAUUCUCAAUUAAUUGAAGUUUUUUGCAGUUACUUACCUAGUCCGUUAGGUUGCCUACUUGAAAAUUUCUGCUUAAAUACCUAUUUCUAUUUUAACUUAUCUAAUUUAUAAAUGAAAUGUAAAAAUGAGGAUUUAGUAUUAGAUCCUCUUAAAAUUAGGAAUAGACCUGUCGUUUCCUAAUCACAGUAUGUUUAUCAACAUAUUAGAAAUCUGGUCAUCGGCAGAGAAUAUUUAUUCCUGUUAAUUCAUUCGAAAGUUAAGAUACUGCAUAUUCCAGAUUACCAUUCAUUCACCAAGGCUAUUAGGAUUAAGUAGUAAAACACUAAAAAACACUUGGUUUUUCUACCUUGACAAAUAUCAUUUAUCUAGCAAUCGGACGCCUCCUACCUAUUGAACAUUAACUUUGCCUAAAUAUUUUCAAUAAUCUGUUUGAUCCAUAGGCGUAAUUUGAAACUGAAAAGUGUCGUAACAUUUGUUACUCAGGCAAAAAGUUACCAUGUUCAAAUCGUUUCACGAGUUUUUAGCAGUUUACUUUUGAUUGAUUAGGGUUAAUUACUCAGGUUAUACAUUCUUAAGGACCAUGCUUUUGUCCGGUUUGAAUACUCUACGAGUUAGAAUAGCAUAUCAAAGCGAUCUUUUUCAAUGGAGCUUGAUAAAUCUCAACAAUUGUCGUAAUUUAGUUGUUUAGUGACAAGCCCUGCGAUGUCCACGAUAAAGUGAUAUUUCGUCGAAUACCUGUUGGAAGCAGUGACAUCUCUCUAAAAAUCAAUAAUUUUCGAUAAUGUAAUUUUAAAUAGGGGGAGAUCUUUGCAUUGGUUUUUCUCUUCUUAUCGUUGAUGGGAACCACAUCACGAUAGCAUACCGCCAUAUAGGCUUGAUUGACUACUUGCAUUACAGUUUGUAAAUGGGUUACUUUAAGUAGUAUUGUUGUGAUUUACAGGUCUCAUAGCCAGAUUUUAAAAAUUGUUUUGACGUACAUCGACCUUUUCGAAACCUCGAUCAGUGCGUUAUUCUAUUAUAGAUAGCUUCUUCGAUUGAAAAACUAUGUCAUUAAAUUGCAUCUGACUUAAAUGGACAUACGUAGACCAGUUAGAGAAGUUAAAACUGAUGGAAACUUCCUAACUGAUUAUUUGUUAGUUUUGGUUCGUAAUUUGCAGAUAAGAUAACCACCAUCUCUUGCUCAUCAAUGUUUGUUUUUUUGCUUGGAGAUAUAUAAGUAGUAGUAGUAAGUCAACAGCUUAUACUUUUUAACACUAUACGACUUGCUCUCUUGAUAAAUCCGUGUCAUAAUCUUCCUGUUUCACGUUGCUCAAUGUCUUAAAAUUAAUAACAGCACCAGACAUUGACGUUGUGCAAGAACAACGACUGAACAGUUCUGUUUCUUCAUUUGGUGUGUGGAGAAAUAACGUUUACACAGCACUAAAUGUCAUUGAUAAUGGGCUGUGACAUCAAGGAGUCUGUAGUACAACGGUACAUAACACAUCCCAAAAACACCUUUACUAUAGACUAUUGGGUUGGGAAUGCGACCGUGCCACAAAUGGUGAUCGGUUUGCAUAUUAGUCAGUAAUCUGGUCAUGUCACGGCCAAUUCACUUCAGAGGUAAUUAUAAAGUGUAAAACAAGUCAUAAGGUCGGCGUGCAUAUACGACUGGAUCUAGCAAGACGGAAGAAGCAAUGUACUCAGUCAUUUGCAGGAAGUAGAACGAACCUGAGAGAGAAUGUCUUAACACUAUAGAUAGGGAAUUCACUGAACCUUGCAAGGUUGUCGACCCUUUUCUAAAGGAAACCCAGGUGCUCAACAGUGACGGCAAGACAAACCUUCGAAUUCCAAAUAAAAUACAUUCUUUCAUGUUUAUCUAGUACUUCUUCAUUAAAUUACGUUGUUUCUAGGAUUCAUGGUGUAUGAUAUAAUUCAAAUACUCCUAGCUAUCACAUUGGCGUCGCAAUGGAAUCGUUGAACAUACAUUCAGAUUUUGAUGCUUUUGCGAAUUACAUGGAAAGGUUUGAAAUCUUGUCUAGAACCAAGGAAGACGUUGAGGAUGUCAUUAAUGUGGCUCAUUAUCUUACGUUCAUCGGAAAAGAAGCAUACAGCUUAAUAAAGACUGGCAUUUCCAGACAAGCCGAUUUCACUUCCCUAUGCAACGUUCAAGCAACUACUACUGGACCAUGUAUAGUAUACAAAUUUCGAAUGCAGUAAGAGAGAAAAAUUCAAUGAGAUGACUCACCAGGACAUCCGACAUUCCACUACUUUACUACGUCCUCGCAAUCCAGUACGUAAUCAAGAUUAUUCAGGUAACAAUUCAUCGAAUUGUGAAACAGUUCAAGAUGAGCACAAGUUUAGUAAAUGCUUGUUCUGUGGCAAAUUUCACCCAUAUAAUUCAUGUGAAUUUCAUAAAUCUAAAUGUGGUAAAACUGGCCAUAUUUAGUCAGUUUGUAAUGCCGUGUUUCAUUUCGCUUACGCUAAUGCUAAAAUUUGUGAUUCAACUAAGUUGGAUGUCUCUGGUGAUCACUUAUCGUUAUCCAAGACUUCUAGAAGCGGUAUAACGUCGCAUGGCAGUACAAAGUUAAGUGAAACCCAAAAUCAUUGUGAGACAACAGUUUCCAAUCAACCAACUCGUUAUCAGAUUUAUUGUACCAGAUGUGAUUUGUCAUAAUGAUUCACAUAUUUUUGAUGAAAUUUCUUACAACUCUGAGAAUAAAAUGUUAAAUGAAUUAAAUCAAGAUCGAAAACUGUAUUCAGUUUGGGUAGAUGCCAAUUCUUCUAAUGAUUCAUUAUUCUUUAAUGAAACUAUUAAUAAAUUUGAGGGAAAUAUUUCAGAAAAACCAAAUUCUGAUGUCAUAUCAAAUGUCCUUUAUCUUUACAAUGGAUUCAUCUCUAGUGAUAUCCCCAAUGAGUGUGACAAAUAUGUCCCGAAUGAAUCGAAUUCUAGUCACAUUUCUGAUGUUAUUGUAUCAGAUGUUGGAUAAUCUCCAAACCAAUAUGUGUCGCGUAGAGCCCCUAGUCAGUGGUGAGGUGAAUCAGAAGGAAUGGAAGUUUUCCCUAAGCAAUCAGAGAACCAGUUUGCACAGGUAGAAAAUCCAAAUCAAGUCCAAGAGUAUUCUUAUGAGUAUGAGGCAGACGCAUGAAUCCACUUGAUUGUUUCGCAGGUGAAUCAAGCCAAGGUGAAUCACAUGUGUCAAUUACACAUAUCAAUGCAUAUUUAUCUGUGUAUUCUAAUAUGAAUAACAAAAAGAAUAUGCAUCAUAAUUUUUAUGCAAGUCGAAGUCACACGAUUCGAUGCCUCAAGUUACAUAUCAGUAUGUAUCCCCAAAUACUCACAUAUGAUAAUCCAAGUAAAAUAUAGGAAGAUAAUACAAAAUGGUGACAUUAGAUUGGUAAAACAUUACGACGUAAAGACCCAACAUUAUUUCAUGGGGGAGGGUAGUGUUGGAAAGUCUAUGAUGUAAAUUUUAGAUAUCAGUGGUUGCACUACACAACGGUCAUGAUGAUUGUAUACAAUUCCAGGAAUACGUUGAAUUUGUUCCAAGUUCGGCUGUUAAUUCCGAUACUAAUGAGUGUGUUUUACAUCGUAGAGUCUACAUCUAUAACACAAUCGGGCGGACACGUGAUGAACCUAAAGAGAAAAGGCAAGAUUGAUAGCAGAAAUUCGGAUCCUCAUUUAAGCUGUGGCGGAUGUGAUGUUUAUAUGAACCAAUGAUUCCUUUGUACUUGAUGAUUGAUUGAUUUCGAAUUUCAAAUACAAUACAUUCUUUCUUGUUCAUGUAGCACUUCUUGAUUUAAUUGUGUUGCUUCUGGGAUUCCU